AUGAGAAUUGCGACUCUUCAAUUCUCCCCCUUGCUGGGAGAAGUAGCGGCCAAUUUCAGUCGAGCAGAGAGUCUGCUUAUGCGGGAAGAGAGAGAAGGGGUACUUCGAGACAUUGAUCUGCUAGUACUCCCUGAACUGGCUUUCACCGGGUACAAUCACCCUUCGCUUGCCGCUAUUGCCCCAUUCCUCGAACCGACUGCUGCAGGGCCUUCGACAAGAUGGGCGGCCCGCACCGCCAAACGUCUAAAAUGCACCGUUGCAGUGGGAUACCCUGAGGCGGCCGAAGAAGGCAACUACAACACCAUCUUUGACCACCACAUCACCGCCGAGGCUGGCACCAUUGCCUACAACUCGCUUGUGUUUGUCAGCUCCACCGGAGAUGUUGUCGCCCAUUACCGCAAAUCUUUCCUAUACUAUACAGACGAAACGUGGGCCCAGGAGGGACAAGGCUUUUGGGCGGGUGUGCUGCCGAUUGGUGGUAAGGGUCAGCAGGUAAAGGCUGCCGCGGGAAUUUGCAUGGACAUCAAUCCCUACCGAUUCGAGGCUCCCUGGACGGCAUAUGAAUUUGGGAAUCACGCGCGGGAGGCACGUGCGAAAGUCAUUGUCCUCAGCAUGGCUUGGCUCACAAGGCUGAGUGCAGAAGAAUUGUCCGGUCAGGUGAUGGGGCCGGACCAUGACACGAUCAACUACUGGGUGGAGCGAUUCAGCCCGCUCUUCGGACCCCAAGGACCAGCAUCCGAGGCCAUUGUCAUCUGCGCCAACCGGGCAGGCGAAGAAGGCACUAGUCCCAGACUAGGGGAGGUGAGAUAUGCCGGGAGCAGCUGCGUGAUGGGCUUGACGAGGGGUGAGCAAGUGAGAAUUUGGGAUAUCUUAGGACGAGCUCAAGAGGGUGUGCUGCUGGUGGACACGAACAACCCGCCAGCCUAUUGUAUUACCCUCGAACCCACAAUCGAGCCCGAGGCUGUGACGAUGACUAAUGACACUACUGAUCUGUCGACAAGCUAG